AUUAAAAAAUGAGAUAGUUGGCAGCACUGUGUCCGAUUACUGGCUUAAGCCGAGCUUAGCAGGCUAUAUAAGGUUAUCGAAUGAAACAUCAAGCUCAUACCUUGACAUUGUAUUAAAAGUGACAUUAGAAAACAACUUUCGUUUCCGCAAAAUCAACAGCCAGGAAGAAACCUGCCAUGAACCUACAAUGAAGUGAAACUCUGGCAAAGGCCUAAGACGAAGUGUCGAUGGGGACACGUAGGCACGCCGGGAUGUCAUUACGUCAUCACCAGAGUACACCAGCCAUCCUCAGAAUGAGACCGGAAGUCGCAAAUGUUGAUGGGAAUGAUGCAGUAAGGAGGAUGGCUGGUGCCAAUAUGGGAUGGAAAAUGUCUGCCGGCUUCAUGGCCAAACGUUUCUCUGUAUGGCUGGCGGAUGCGGAUGAAGGUUUACAGAGAAGCGAUAUUUCUAUAUAUUUUCUCAGCGAAAAUAAAUCUUCUUUCAUUUAUAACAAAUCUUACCAGCGCCACGACAAAGCAUCCUUGUCGCGCGUCACAAAAUGGCAGAUUUUAUCAACUGUUUUUUGCAGUUUGAUCGAAAAACAUUUUUGCAAAAACAGGUUGCAAAACUUUCAAGAGUUCUCGUUGGCAAAACCAACGGACAAACUGUAUGGUCAGGGAAAAACAAAACGCCAGAAGAUUGGCCUUCUGAUUGGAAAUGGAAAAACCCAACAUCUACACCGAAAGACACCAUGGAGGAAUUAGAAAAGAAAUUGAGUUGGUUGAGAUCCCAGACAGAAAAACGCAAACUACUUUCGGAUGAAUUAAAGAAACGUUUCGAGAUUUUCGAUGAAAAUAACGAUAACAAAAUGGCAGCUUGCAUCAAAGGACAGCAACAGUUGAAAACUUUGAGAAAAAUAAAUGAAGAUCUACAGAAAAAUAAAUUCCUUGUCCCCGAAAUGUAUCGAGUUCUUCCCGAGCUUCAAAAUGAACUAAAAACCGAGUUGGCUAAAUUGUCACAAAAUUUAAGAAUACAAGAAACUUUAUUAAUAACAUCAGAUUGUGAUUUAAGUCAAGAUUUACUUUGUAAACAAACACAUGAACCAGCAGUUAGACAAGAAUAUGACAGUAUAGCACAGAGCACUUCUACUCCUUCGAAUCCAGUACCAUCUGUUGAAACUAAUAUCCAAUCUCAAAACGUUGUUUGUUUUUCCAAGAAAAAGCUCGAGGAAUCUGAAUUUUUAAAAACGAAAAGAAAAUAUUCGUUCACAUUUGGAGAGGAAACUAUAAAUGAAAGUGGUUCUAAGCGUCAAAAAUAUUCAGACGAUAAAUUAGAAGACAACAAUGAAUUAUGGGACAGUGGACUUGAGUCUGUGGAAAGUAUGACAGCAGAGGAAGACCUAGCGACCAAUGCACAAGAUGAGUCUGUCACAGCAUUGCAAGAAAUAAUGGAUGUUAACAAUCAGAAGACAAAUAAUAUGAAAGAAUGCCAAGAAGAAAUGUGUUCAACAGUAGACACAAAUAGUGAUGAUUUCCUUGACCAAUAUUUAGACGAAGCGUCUGAAGUUGCCAGCGACUCUGCCUUCGACCCUGAAGGCUUUUUUAAUUCUAUAGAAAUUAUUAGAUAGCAUAUAUGUAGUGUUAAUUUUUAUUUUUUGCUUUAAUAUUUAGUUAAUUCUUUCUUACACUUUGUUAUAAAAAAAAGCAAUAAGGUGACCAUUUAUUUAAUCAUAAAUGUGAUCAUUAAACUAUAACACUCCACACAGGCCAAUCGCAUAUCACUGUUAGAAAAAGGCCGAAAUUUGCGAAUUACUAAAAGUUAUUACAAUGUCAUUAAUUAUAUUUAAAAAAUGAAAUUUUAACGUUCACAUCAGUUUCAGCAAAUUCCAGUUUUAAUCUUGAUCAUUAUUUCAAUACAGAAGACAAUCUUACCUUAGUUGGCGGUGUUAAAGAUUGAAAGAAUCAAAUUUCUUUACUGAUGUCAAGUCUUCAAUUAUGUUUUCACAAAUAUUUCCAUUUUUUCUACAAGGCUCUAAUUAUGUAGGACAUUUUUAGUAUUGGAAAACCCGCAUUUAAAAAAUGACUAAAUCAAAAUUCAAUCAACAGUAUGACAAAAUUCUAUUUAUCUUAGUUUUUUUUACGUCAGUAAAAUUAUUUUUCUAUUAUAUAGUGUAGCUUGCCAACAAUGUGUAUUUCUGUCCUGUGUUCUCGGUUUCAAGAUAAGUUUAUAUUUUAAACAUUCCAACAAAUAAAAAAUGUUUCUCACUCA